AUGAUCAUGAGCCGCCGUUUCGCGAACGAAGCAAGUCAGAAACUCAAACAGCAGGAGAGCACGAAGCUGGUUUUGUGUGUGCUCCGCAUCGCACUUUAUGGAUUCAUUGUCGUCUUGUCGCUCGUUUUUGCCAGCUUCCUGAAUGGCUACUGGGACCGGCUGAGUCUCUACAUCGCCGGGCUCUUCGGCAUUUUCUUCGUCUCAGAAAUCAUGGUUGUCAUUUCUCUUGGAAUUCCAAAGCCGCCGCAAUCGUCGCCAAAGAAAGAACAAAAAGAAGAGCUGCCUCAGCCGGCCAUCAUUGCGCCGGAGAUCAACCUUCGCGAUCACACAAGAGCCAUCGCCGCGUGUCUCAAGCGCAACGAUCCGAACAAACGGGAGAGCCGCUCGCCGGCAUCGCUCAACUCGUCACUCCGCCACCGCAUCAAGUCACCACAAAAGCCAAUCAACACCGAAAAAGACCUCGAAGAAUACCUCCAAUCCUUUGUCGGCCCGGAUAACAAAUCGACCUUGAUUUGCCCACCAAAAGAGGUGUGGCAGUCUCCGAUUCGCUUCUCCGACUACCCGAACAAGUUCAAGUUCCAACUGUCAAAGACGCCUCCAUCCAAGCCAGCGAAUCCUCAUCUUCCGUUCGACACCACUGGCGUCGAAGAGACCUCGACCAAUGCUUGGAUUCAGCUGGGCGUCACUAACCGCGAAUUGAACAACUGGCAACUCAACCUCCGCGCCGUCCUCUGGCGAUGCAUAGUCAACCCGCUUUCCAAAGAAAUUGACAGGGUCAACAACGAGCUCAAGGCUGUCCUCCCCGACGUUCAAAUCGGCAAAACAUCGAUUUCGGAUCUCCAAAUGGUUUCCAAUCCUCAAUUGAGUCAGGACAUCCGGCGCAUUAUCCCCUACUUGGAGGUCGGAUCCAACCAUGGCUAUUUCGUCAAACGUCUCCGGACACUCGCCCAAGAGGGCUAUCUCUCCAGCUACAUUUGGAACGGUGGCGAAGACUACAACGGUCAGAAGUGGGCAAAGCAAUUUCCAACUGACACGGCGAUUCUGAUGCACAUCUUCUCCUGCUGGAUGGACAAUCACAUGCCUCCAGAUCCCUCCGCCGGGGUAGACGCUAGAGCUUUCACAGACAGAUUCCUUCUUCGAGCAAAGUCUCUCGUGAAACGAAAGCAGGACAUGCGGAUUAAUCCCAACUCGAAGAAAAAAGUGGCCUUUCCCGUGGCGGUCCGAGUUCCAGUCUCGAUCGUCGAAUUUUCAGAAGACCCGCCAGAGUAUUAUGUCCAGCACCUGGACCAAGAAAAGCUACGAAACAGCGAGAUCGAGUAUCAAGUCAAAGAGUUCCCAGCUGGGCGAUACAAUCCCCUCCAGAGCAUUUUGUUGCUUCUUUACAUGCUGAACAAAGAAAAUCACGGCGAAAUCGCUGGCGUCUCCCUUGGCCCUGCUGGCCUCGAUCUCUUGAGCGUCUUCACCGAUUUCAAAACAUGA